AUGACUGAUUAUAUUUUGCCAGGUCCCAAGGCCUUAUCUCAGUUCAGAGUUGACAAUUUAAUCAAAGAUAUAAAUUCUUACACAAACAGUACUUCUGUCAUCAAUGAACUGCGUUCGUGUUACAUUCACUAUGUCAACGGUAUCGCUCAAAAUUUGUCUGAACAGGACACUAAAUUGCUAGAGGUCUUGCUGACUUAUGAUUCUCCUUUGAAUAUCGCAAACGAUCCAUUAGCAAGACAACUAAACGAUGCUGUCGCUAAUAAUUUGCCCAGCUCAGCUCUUGGCCAAGACACAUAUUUGAUUAGGGUUGUUCCUAGAUCAGGCACUAUUUCUCCUUGGUCUUCCAAGGCUACUAAUAUUGCUCAUGUAUGUGGAUUACAAGGCAAAGUCCAACGCAUUGAAAGAGGUUUAGCCUUACUCAUAAAGACUGUUCCAGGCUUCCCUCUUUUGGAAAAUCUAAAUGAUAUUUCACUGAAGUGCGUCUACGAUAGAAUGACUCAACAAUUAUAUCUGACCGAACCACCAAAUACGAUGAGCAUAUUUACACAUGAAGAGCCAAAGCCAUUAGUUCACGUUCCAUUGACUCCUAAGGACACCAAACAGUCUCCAAAGGACAUUCUAUCCAAAGCUAAUACAGAAUUGGGUUUGGCACUAGAUAGUGGAGAAAUGGAAUAUUUGAUCCAUGCCUUCGUCGAAACUAUGAAAAGAGAUCCUACCGAUGUUGAGUUAUUCAUGUUCGCCCAAGUUAAUUCUGAACAUUGUCGUCACAAGAUCUUCAACGCUGAUUGGACCAUUGAUGGAAUAAAACAACAAUUCACCUUGUUUCAAAUGAUUAGAAAUACUCACAAGUUAAACCCAGAAUAUACUAUCAGUGCCUACUCUGAUAAUGCAGCCGUUUUGGACAGUGAAAAUGACGCCUUUUUCUUCGCACCAAAUUCAACUACAAAGGAAUGGACUUCUACAAAGGAAAGAAUUCCAUUGCUUAUCAAGGUUGAGACUCACAACCAUCCAACAGCCGUUUCUCCUUUCCCAGGUGCUGCUACAGGUUCUGGUGGUGAAAUUAGAGACGAGGGUGCUACAGGUAGAGGUUCCAAAACUAAGUGUGGUUUGAGUGGGUUCUCUGUGAGCGAUCUUUUGAUACCAGGUAAUGAACAACCUUGGGAGUUGAAUAUUGGUAAGCCUUACCAUAUUGCAUCUGCAUUAGACAUUAUGAUUGAGGCUCCUUUGGGUUCUGCCGCAUUUAACAAUGAGUUUGGUAGGCCUUGUAUCAACGGUUACUUCAGAACUUUGACAACAAAGGUUUUGAAUCACCAAGGAAAGGAGGAAAUCAGAGGGUUCCAUAAGCCAAUUAUGAUUGCUGGAGGUUUUGGUACCGUUAGGCCUCAAUUUGCCUUGAAAAAUACCCCAAUUACCCCAGGUUCUUGUUUAAUUGUUCUUGGUGGUCAAUCUAUGUUGAUUGGUUUAGGCGGUGGUGCUGCUUCUUCUAUAGCUUCCGGUGAAGGUUCCGCUGAUUUGGAUUUUGCUUCUGUACAAAGAGGAAACCCUGAAAUGGAACGUCGUUGUCAACAAGUCAUCGACGCCUGUGUUGCCCUAGGUAACAACAAUCCUAUCCAAUCUAUUCAUGAUGUUGGUGCUGGUGGGUUAUCCAACGCUUUGCCUGAACUGGUUCAUGACAAUGACUUGGGUGCUAAAUUUGAUAUUAGAAAGGUUCUCUCCUUAGAACCUGGUAUGUCACCAAUGGAAAUUUGGUGUAAUGAAUCACAAGAACGUUAUGUUCUUGGUGUUUCCCCUCAAGACUUGUCCAUUUUCGAAGACAUCUGUAAGAGAGAAAGAGCACCAUUUGCCGUUGUCGGUCACGCUACUGCUGAACAAAAAUUAAUUGUGGAGGAUCCUCUUUUGAAAACAACUCCAAUUGAUUUGGAAAUGCCAAUUUUAUUCGGUAAGCCUCCAAAGAUGUCCAGAGAAACCAUAACUGAAGCACUAAAUCUACCAGAGGUAAAUUUGAGCGAAAUUCCAUCUCUAAAGGAUGCUAUUCAAAGAGUUUUGAACUUACCAUCUGUUGGUUCGAAGUCAUUUUUGAUUACUAUUGGUGACAGAUCUGUCACAGGUCUAAUCGACAGAGAUCAAUUCGUUGGUCCUUGGCAAGUACCUGUCGCAGAUGUUGGUGUCACCGGUUCAUCCUUGGGUGAAACAAUAAUUUCCACUGGUGAAGCAAUGGCUAUGGGUGAAAAACCGGUUAAUGCUUUGAUUUCAGCAUCGGCCUCCGCUAAAUUAUCCGUAGCAGAAUCAUUAUUAAACAUAUUCGCUGCUGAUGUGAAAUCUUUACAUCACAUCAAACUAUCAGCUAACUGGAUGUCACCAGCCUCUCAUCAAGGUGAGGGUUCCAAGUUAUAUGAAGCCGUCCAAGCAUUAGGCCUGGACUUAUGUCCUGCGUUAGGUGUUGCUAUCCCUGUUGGUAAGGAUUCUAUGUCCAUGAAGAUGAAAUGGGACGAUAAGGAAGUUACAGCACCAUUAUCAUUGAAUAUUACUGCAUUUGCACCAGUUUCCAACACCAGCAAAACAUGGACUCCGUUAUUAAAUAAAAACACAGAAGAUUCUGUCCUCGUCUUGGUUGAUUUAUCCGCUAAAGAAGAGGCUAAGUCAUUAGGGGCCUCUGCUUUGUUGCAAGUUUACAACCAAGUUGGUAACAAAUCACCCACUGUGUAUGACAACGCCAUUUUGAAGGGUUUCUUGGAAGGUUUAAUUCAAUUACAUCAACAAAAGGAUGAUAUAGUGUUGGCUUACCAUGAUAGAUCUGAUGGUGGUUUGCUUGUCACUUUGCUAGAAAUGGCAUUUGCCUCCAGAUGCGGUUUAGAAAUCAGUAUUGAUGGCGGAGAUUUAGAACGCCAAUUAACCGACCUAUUCAAUGAAGAAUUGGGUGCAGUCUUCCAAAUUUCUACUAAGAACUUGAGCAAAUUCGAAGAAAUCAUGAACCAGAACGGAGUUGCUAAGGAGUAUAUCUCUAUUGUUGGUAAGCCAUCCUUCCAAAGCCAAGAAAUUAAGAUUGUUAAUUCCAAGACAAAUGAUCUAGUUUACGCCAAUACAAGAUCUGAAUUGGAGCAAACCUGGAGCAAGACAUCUUAUGAGAUGCAGAAAUUAAGAGACAAUCCAAAGACAGCGGAAGAAGAAUUUGCCAGUAUCACAGAUGAUAGGGAUCCCGGUUUGCAAUAUGCCUUGACGUACAACCCAGCCGAUGAUAUGAAGAUCGGAUUAGAACUAUCCAGCCAAAGACCUAAGGUUGCCAUUCUAAGAGAGCAAGGUGUUAACGGUCAAAUGGAAAUGGCAUGGUGCUUCCAACAAGCCGGAUUCAACUCAGUGGAUGUUACUAUGACAGAUUUGCUGGAGGGUAGAUUCCAUUUGGAUGAAUUUAUCGGUCUUGCCGCAUGUGGUGGUUUUUCAUAUGGUGACGUCCUAGGUGCAGGUGCGGGUUGGGCCAAAUCUGUAUUGUACCAUGAAGGCGUCCGCUCACAAUUUUCCAAGUUUUUCAAUGAGAGACAAGAUACAUUUGCUUUUGGUGCUUGUAAUGGUUGUCAAUUUUUGAGUAGAUUAAAAGAUAUCAUUCCUGGGUGUGAAAACUGGCCAAGUUUCGAAAGAAAUGUCAGUGAACAAUAUGAAGCCCGUGUAUGUAUGGUGCAAAUAUCUCAAGAGAAAGAUAAUUCUAGCGAAGAGUCUGUUUUCUUGAACGGCAUGGCAGGAUCCAAGUUGCCGAUUGCUGUCGCACAUGGUGAAGGUAAGGCAACGUUUUCCAAAAGCGGUGAACAACUGGAGAACUUUGAAAAGGAUGGUCUAUGUUGUAUAAGGUAUGUGGACAAUUACGGUAACGUCACCGAAAAGUUCCCAUUCAACCCCAACGGGUCGAGUAAUGGUAUAGCCGGUAUCAAGUCGCCAAAUGGUAGAGUGCUUGCAAUGAUGCCGCAUCCUGAAAGAGUCUGCAGAUUGGAGGCCAAUUCUUGGUAUCCAGAAGGUAAAUACGAAGAGUGGGGCGGAUACGGUCCAUGGAUUAGAUUAUUCAGGUCUGCCAGAAGGUGGGUUGGUUGA